AUGAUGAAAAAUUUGUUCCUAUUUUUCGAAGUCAAAGCAGAAUUCGGUGUUGAUUGGGACUGUCAGAAAACAUUAUGGGCAGCAUGCAGAGCAGUUGUAUUCGGCGCAAUUGUUAUCGUCGUUGGAAUGUUAAUGACUGUCGUUGGUUAUUUUGAUGUCGAUCUAGCUCAAGAAGAAAAAUACAAUGAAGAAACGGGUGAGAAGGAAUUUAUCGUGAACCUGUCGAAACGUUAUCAGCUCAAGAGUUUACAGUAUGUAGGUCCAGUUCUAAUGGGUAUUGGAUCGUUUAUUCUAAUUAUUGCCUGUGUUAUAACGCUCGAAAGCCGAGAUAAGCAUACCCAAAUAAUCCAUGAAGAAUCAAAAGAACUGCGCAAGAAACAGAGCGAAGCGCUGCAAGCUGAGCAAGAUGUCGAGUGUGUUCACAAACAAUUACGAACGGUUACGCAAAUUGGCAGUUGGAAACCGGCCUACUUACAGCUACCGAGGAUAGACUCAAACGAUUCAAGAUUUUCGUUGGAGCGAAAAUUUUCAUCAACAUCCUGUAUACCCCAACUGCUUCAAACUGCUGAUACAAGGAAGCUUUAUGAUCGUCUCCUGGAGGAUUAUUAUAAUGAAAUCUAUCACGAGAUUCCCAAAAAUGACUCUGAACGAAUUGAUACCUCAUUGCCUGCGGAUGGCAAUCGUUGUGAAGAAGAAGUCACAAAACAAAGUGUUGUUGCUGAGGUUCAUGUACCACCUUGCAAUUCGUUAAGUUCAUCGAAUUCAGCAAAUGCGUCGUCAGUAUCACCAUCGGGAUGUAAUCAGACAGCUGAAGAUCAACAUCAGAUACGUACUGAUUCAGUUUCUGUGAACCAUAUUCAGCACACCAUGCAACAGACCCAUAAUAUACAAUCUACGAGUCAACAAGAUACAUCCACUCAAAUUGUAAACCUACAGUCUGGAGAUAUUCCUUUCAUAGAGAAUACCUCAAAUGCAGUGACCAAGUUCAGAUCCUCGUUGACUGUAGUUCAUGACCAAAAGACAGCACCAAUAGCAGAAAUUGAUGCAGAUCUACAUUCGUUCACUUCAUCCUCAUCCCCGAAUAGUCCUCAAUCAAUCGGUAGUAUUAAAGCAGUUUGCAAAAGUUUGCUUGAACCGAAACCUCAAUCUUGCACACUAGCGAAUGGUAUGGAAAUGCGGUGA